AUGACUGGCUCCAAUGUCUACAAAUAUGACCCUAGCCAGGCAGCUGCGAUAAUUUUCGUCAUUCUUUUCGCAAUCACAACCAUUUGGCAUGUCUGGAUUAUGUUCAAACUUCGCACCUUCUACUUCGUCGUGCUUAUCACUGGUGGUGGACUUGAAAUCGCAGGAUACGUUUGCCGCUUUUUAGGAAGCAACGACACCAGCAAUAUCACCCUUUACAUCAUUCAAACCCUCACGAUACUGGUCGCACCGGCCUUGUUCGCUGCAUCAAUCUACAUGGUUUUAGGUCGACUCAUUCGAUUAGUCAAAGGAGAAGAAUACUCACCGAUAAAACCAUCACUUCUGACAAAGAUUUUUGUGGGAGGUGAUAUCUUGUCAUUUGUGAUACAACUCGCCGGAUCUGGCAUGUUGUCCUCGAAUUUUAGUGUGGGCAAAGCGAUUAUCCUUGUCGGUCUUGCCUUUCAAAUACUAUUCUUUGGUCUAUUUGUCAUAUGCGCCACUGUCUUUCAUCGUCGUCUUGCUCGCAUUCCAACAAGCGUGUCGCUAAGCCUUGACGAGGAUAAUUCGAAACUAGGAUGGAGAGAUGUGACACGAGUGAUAUUUCUUGCCAGUGCCUUGAUAUUCGCUCGCUCCAUCUUUCGAUUUGUUGAGUUCACUGGUGACAUCGAAUCCCCCAUGAUGAAGACGGAGGCCUACCUCUAUAUCUGCGAUUCAACUCUUAUGUUUUUGGUUCUGGCUUUUUUAAUUUACUGGCACCCGGCUAAGUAUAUAGGUACUGGCAAAGAGUCUUUCCAGGAAGUCAGUCAAGAGCUUUAUUGA